UCGAAGCGAGGGCCUUUUCCUACUAAAGAAAGAAAUGAUCUCCGAUCUGCUGGACUUAGACUUAGCAAUGUGGUACAACCACUAAGACUGCGAAGUUGAAGGACCCUCUUCACUUGAUUCGUUACCACAGAAACAAUUUCAAAAAUUUCCUCAAUCAAGAACAUGAAUGCCUCACCAGUGAAAGCUGGCUCGUCGUCCAAACGCAUGGAUAGACAGGGACACCACCGGUCUUCUCAGGGACGCGAGAAGCCACGUCGACCGCCUAGUAGGAAUCGGAACAAGAAGGGAGCUUCUCUUUUUAGAGAUGGAGGAGAGCCUUCUGUGAAAGAACAACAGAAGACGACGGUUGACUAUCGACUGUUUUUGAACUUAUGGCUGCUUGUCGUGUGUAAUGCAAUAAUACUAGGAUGUGAAGGCUCCCUAAUGUUAUAGUAACCUAACCUAACCAAACCUUUCUUUCGUCCUUCAACACAGAUGCUCAUGCCCAAAUGAAAUAGCGCCCGCCCCCCUAUGAAAUUCAUUUGAUGAACCAUGUGAUGUGUGACGAUUAUAGAGUUGUUUAAGACAAGCACAAGACUCAUCGCUGAGUACUAAAUCUAAGUCCACUUCCUCCUCGCAUGAAGGAAAGAACAAAAGCGAGCGUCUCUAAUUGCCGGCCCACGUAAAAAUCCUGACGCUCUAGCAUUACACCCACUCCUCGGAACAUACCAAUUGCCAACUACAUGGUUCUACAAUAGUGCAGAAACAAGUGGCUCAUCAUCUUCUUCCUCGGCCAGUGCAAGCGAAGGAGAAGUACUUUUUUCUUCGGGACGAGUCCCUACAUUAUUUGACGAACAUCACGAUGAUCCUAAGGACCCAUAUCCUAAGGACCCAUUCCCAACCGUGAAUCCUGCCAACCGUGCUGGUACAUUUUUACGAGAUGUAAAACCAUUUUGUUCGCCAUCUGGACCUUCUCCAUUAUCGACAUCUUCUAGGAGUCGUGCUUCUACUAGAAACGCUCGGAUUGAUGCUGAUAGUAUUAAAACAGUUGGAGGAGGUGAAGAAGAAUCUCCUCCUGUGGUCCCUGCUUCAUCUAGUAGAAGAAGUAGAUCUUCGUCUCGACAAAGAAGAAGGACAGUUGUAACCUUUCAUGAGGACGAAAACAACAAGAACAAAGAAGAUGGUGCACGAGGUGGAGACGACCCUUCUACUACUUAUCAGCAAGUCCGUGAUUUGGACUGGACUGAUCUUCUUAAAGGUAGAGGCAACAUCUCCUCUAGUACAACUAGUUCAUGCAGAGGACCUACGACCAAUCAAACUGCUGGAUCGAAGAACCACUCAGGAAUAUCUUCCUCAACAAGGAAGAUGAAGAGGAAAGAAGAAGAAGAAUCUACAGAGCCUAGUACAUCCUUCGGGUCAUCGUCCUCUACAUCAAGAAGAGAAAUCGCUGAUACGAUUCAAGGGGCUUUGCAGCAAUUUAUUGAAAGAAGACUAGAAUUAGCAGAGAAGGCGAUGGCUGCAGAUGCUGGUUGGAAUGGGGGUGGUAGUAAAUGUUGAGGAUUUAUUGUUCGUGCAUCUAAGUAGUACUCAUUUCGUCUAAGACAGGAGUGACGAGAAUGAUAGUCCUUCAUUGGCAGGCACCGGCACCACCUGUCGUACAUAGAUGAUUGAUGAAUUUUUGAUAGAUCAUGUUAGGAUCCCACGUGGUCCAACUCCCACUCGUCCCUCCACGCCCACCUCUUCCAGGCCUUCCCCCAGCUCCUCAACAAUACCGAACUUUUUUCCCGAUUCCUGGAUUGAACCUCGAGGAUGCGCCGAAGAGCAAAGAAUGUCGCAAUUUGAAGCGUCAAGCUGAGCGGAUUGCUCAGGAUGUCAGAAAAUGCGAAGAAGAGAUGUACGAUUUAAUGGACGCUUUGGAGGUCGUUCAGUCUGCGGAACAAAACGAACUACAAAUGUCUGGAAACGCAGGAAGGAGAAGGACGACGACGAGAGGUUCUUCGAGAAGCAGUAGUUCUGCUACUACGAGGACUUCUAGAGCAGGAGCAAAAGAACAAGCGUCUCCUGCUUCACGUACUCGUGCUUCUAGUGGAUCUCAUGCCGGAGGUCAAGAAGAGUCAAAGAACAAGAACAACAUCAAAGCUGCAGAUCGGGCUUCAUCCGGCGACCCACACCCAUCCUCGCAGACAAAUAAUAAAUUAAGGGUAGGUUAAAGGUGCUUUUCUUACCGCUUUUUAUGCCUCUCCUAAGGGAGAAAGGCAUAACAAGCGGGGUGAGCGAGCACCAAAAACCUACCUCUAAAAAAAGCCACAUCAUCUUCGACAUCGUCUCCAAGAGCAAAUACGAGGUCAAGUAUGAAGCAGCGCAGUGGAGUGAGUCGUUGGGCUAGUAGGAGGAGUGCAAGAGGCUCCAGAAGUAGAACUGGUAGUCCUAGAGCCGGAACCUCAUCAAAUCUGAACAGGGAAUCCCGUGAAAUUCUUGAAGAUUUUUCUGAGGGUGAGCUGGACGAAACAAAGCUAAUGAACCACGACGAGAAGCGGGAUCAUUCAACGACAUCAAGAGGGGAUGUAGAAAUGGCUCAAGGACAAGAAAGCGAGAAGGAAAGUUGCAGUCCUGUGAAACGGAGAUGGCUAGAAAUGGAACAGCAUAGACGUAUAGAUACAACUUUACUGCUACUUACACGGAAUUGCUUAGAGAACUUACAUCAUAAGAGUGGAGAUGGACAUCUAUCUUGCAAUUGCAUUGUGGAAAAAAAUAUUGAUGGUUCUUAUGUAGAAAGCAAAUUUUUCAUCUAUUUUUCAUUUUUUCAACAAGAAUAAAAAACUAAUGGUUGUUCCCUUUUAUCCCAUACUCCUAGGGGUUCUUCCUGGGCGAAGUAGCCUUUGUUGCAUCAGUGAAUAUUAUUCGUCAUCUUCCACAAAAAUGUUGAUCAUCUAUUCUUUUCCUUGUCCUCCUCUGACAACGACCAGGCGAAAACCCCUUCCACCAAGAACGGCAGCAGAAGGAACUGAACCGAUUGCGCAAGAAGUACUAUGGAAAUUGGGUCAACUCACCGGACGACCAGUACUUACGCGACCCCGCCACGGGACGUCAGUUGCACAAGGCUACGGGCAUCAUCCGACCAGCUGAACCCGAAAGACGUGAUGAUCGUGAACAAAAUAUGGCCGUCGAACUGGAUCAUGAAGUAGAACCAAGCGCUAGACUGGCGGACAGAGAAGAGUUGUGGACCGCAACGGUGCGAGGACUAGACGUGCUUGGGGGUAGUAGGGAUGGUGAAGGAGGACAACGAAAAGCAUCACCUUCUUGUUCCUCAUCGUCGCCGAGAGCAACUGUAGCAAUGGCAAAGAAGAGCAGUCGCGACGAAAGAAUCCGAGCUUCCCUUGAAAAUCUUGCCUCACCGUUGAAGCGAGAGCUUCUGCGCAGUCGGAGUCUGUCGCCAGAGAAGAAAAGGGAGAUAUUACGCCAAAGUUUGGGGAAGCACCUCGAGUCUAACCAGAAUAGCAUGCUCGAGAGUCAAGAAGUUUUGCGCAUGCUCUACGGCGAAUCGAUGGAAGCAGCUGACUUCUUAGAUGCUCUAGUGCGCGAACAGAAGAAGAAAGAGAACAAAGAGAAAGAAGCGAAACAGGUAGGGCCACUGAGUCAAAGCAUAUUUGAACUGUUUCCCAAUGAUAGGAGAGUCGGAGGAGACAGCAAAAGCGGAGCUCCUUUGAUGUCUUUGUCUGCAACUAGAGGCGCCGGAAGGAAUGACCUUCUCGUAGUGGAGGAAGAUGAAGACAAUCAUGUUGGCAAUGUUGAUGAUUUCGGUGAGGAGCAGAAACGUCUUGGUCGUCAACAUGAUCUACCAACGUCUUCGUGUACUUCAUCUUCGCGUGGCGGUCGUGCUGCAGCCCCUGUAGAUGUCAAUGUCAACAAAGGCAGUCGGCUGCGACAACCUACAAGAACUACUUCUGGCACAACAUCUUCAUCUGGUCACCAGCAAUCCUACUCUAGUUCUAGCCAACAUCCAGUGAGGACAGGCACAUUACGGAGUAGAGGACGGAGUCCACCGGCACAUUUUUUAGGGGGCACAGCAACAAGGACUAGCGCUUUUCACGAUGAGGACGAUGAGAUGGUGAUAUACGAUAUUGAGGAAGAACAAGAGCAGAAGGUACACGACCAAGGAUCUUCGAGCGGUCCUAACCGGAACAUGAACAUCAGUCGCCAACAACGUCCGACCAAGAACUUCUCAUCAUCAAAUUCACCAACCUCCUUGUCCGCCAAAAAUACAAAUGCUCCUCCAAACAAGAAAAACAAGCCUCCGCCAACAGAGCCUUCGCAGAAGUUGAAGAAGCAGAUGACGAAUGCGUUGAAACUUUUGCAGGAGACGGCGUUUUUGAUCACAGAUGAAGGCCAAGCCUUUGAGAUGGAGGAGCAACAAGAACGGAAAGCAAGGGCUGCUGCACGGGGAAGGAGAUCAUAGGAGCUGUGCUGUGGAGGUUACUUCUUAGUUUGUGGAGGAAAGGUUCUUGGGGUAGAUCAUGAGCUUGUUGUGCUCGUUCAUCUGGUGAACAAGAACACUUCUGUUUCAAGACCAUGCGGUAGAUGAGCUUGUUGUGCUCGUUCAUCUGGUGAACAAGAACACUUCUGUUUCAAGACCUUCUUCGUUAAUUGAAAAUUCGCGCAUGUUUCUAUUUUGGUUGCACCUCCAUGAAGAUAUCGGCAUGACCGAUGACACGCUUAUUAAGAAUGCAGGUGCUCGUAUGAGG